AAAAUUAGAAAUAAUGAAGACGCUAGACGGAGGCGUUGAAAGCAUUUGAUCAUUUCAAGCUGCUGCUCGUCGGCCUCAGUUCUCCCGGUAGGAACCUUGGCCGCCCUCCUGGGGAAAAGUAAAGCUUCCGGGGACGAUCUUUCAUCCAAUUUCAAAACCCUAGGUUUUUUCCGUCGGAUCUUUCCAUGGAUCAUUUUGAACAGAGACUCAGAGAUGAGGUUAUCUACCUUCACUCUCUAUGGCACCAAGGUCCCCCUCGGAGCCCUAAUCCUAAUUUUAAUCCUAAUCCCAGUUAUAAUCCUUAUCCUGACCGUAAUCCCACUUGGAACCCUAAUUCCAUCUCUCAUCCUGUAUACAGACACCAUCCACCACGGUAUAGCAUCCCUUCUUACCCCGAACGGUUCAGGAACACCAAGAGUGUCCCCCUGACCAAGAAAAUUAAGAAGAAGAAGAAGAACAAGCAGAAGAAGAACAGGCCACCGGAAUCUGAUCCACCUACGGUUUCUGAUACCGAAUGGCCCUGUGAGGAACUCGUCGCCGAUGAGACGCUGGCGGCCUCCGGCUGGCCUGAUCUGAAGCCUAAAUCAUCGGCGGUGGCGCGGCAGCCGUCAGCUGAGGAGCUCGCCAGGUUCGCCGCGGAGCAAGCUCAGCAGAGUGGGUUGAAGGCUGUCCAGGAAUUUUUGACAAGCAAUGCGGAUUCCGAGGACGAAGGCGGUCUAGAGGAGGAGGACGACGAAGAUUAUUAUUAUCCAGAGGAGGAUGGUGGGCAUGAGGAGUCUGAAGAGUUCAAGUUCUUUUUGCGAGUGUUUACGGAGAAUGGUGAGUUGAGAGGGUACUACGAGAAGAAGUUCGAGGGCGGAGAGUUCUGUUGCCUGGUGUGUGGGGCAAUUGGGAAGAAGGGGGCCGGGAAGAGGUUUAAGGACUGCAUUGCACUUGUGCAGCACUCCAUCGCGAUAUCGAGGACGCAGAAGAGGAGAGCUCAUAGAGCUUAUGGGCAAGUAAUUUGCAAGGUUCUUGGUUGGAAUAUUGAUCGACUUCCCACCAUUGUUUUGUCCUUAAGCGAACCACUUGGUCGUACACUGGCCAAGCGCACUGAAUUGCAGGGAAAUGACGAGGCUGUUGAGGAUUCAGACGGUUUGAGGAAGAAUGUUGACCACAGUGAAGCAAUUUCAGAUGGUUGUUUGCCCAAUAAAGCAACAGUCUCAUUGAAUGGUGACACUGUUGAAUCAAUGGAUUGCAAUUGCCCUUUGAAACAAGGAGAAGCUAUGAAAGAUAAGAAAGAUCUUGACAUGGUUUCAGAGGUGAUGGGAGUGGAUGAAGAGGGAACGACUAAUUGCAUGGCUACUUGUUUUCGGAAAUUACGGGUAACCGUUGAGGGAAACUAGCAAAUUUGAAUGCUUUUCAAGAGUCUUGCUUCUGUUGGAAAUGGUGAGACAAGGAGUGGGAGAUGCAGGAAGACAAAUCUGAGGGAAUGAGAAAUGCAGAGUUGGUUGAUUUCAAGGAGAAUGAAUCACAAUCUAUUAUUUGGGUUCUUGAGGCAGAGGUUAACUUCUGGUAUAACAUAUCCAAGGCUUAUUUGUAUGAUGCAGGCUUUAAUGUCAGCUAAAGGGAAUUCAUUAACAACAUAUGGAUAGUUUUACCUGUAAUUUUUUAAUAUAAAAAGAGCCAAAUAGCAAAUGAUUAUUCUCUCUUAA